GGCGGCCAUAUUCGUAUCAAUGGGAAAGUAAGAGGCGUCCGGUUUGCGUAUGGUAGAGUCAAGCAGACCUUCCGAAAUCGACCCUCCGUCCGACCUGCGCACAGGUGCCAGGUUUAUUAUUUCUGACCCACGUUUAAUUGUCAAAGACGGGUAGUCACGCUUCCACAACCCAGGAAUGCCUCUUGAAACAAGGCACUAGUUUUACCAUAUGAUGCCUUUUGCUCAGCCACAGGAUUCCUGGCACAAAAUGGAGGUGCACAGCGUUAGUAGUGAGGUCAAUGGACAUCAGAUCAUGGAUGAGCCAAUGGAAGAGGGAGAGUCCUUCACACACUGUGAUGAGGGCUUGUAUAAGGAGAUCCCGAUUACACAUCAUGUGAAGGAGGGCUGUGAGAAGGCCGACCCCUCACAGUUUGAGCUGCUCAAAGUGUUGGGCCAGGGCUCCUUUGGAAAGGUCUUCCUGGUGAGGAAGAUGGUGGGUCCGGACGGUGGUCAGCUAUAUGCAAUGAAAGUCCUCAAAAAGGCGUCUUUAAAAGUGAGGGACAGGGUUCGCACAAAGAUGGAACGGGAUAUUCUGGUGGAAGUGAAUCAUCCCUUCAUUGUGAAGUUGCACUAUGCCUUUCAGACAGAAGGGAAGCUCUAUUUAAUUUUGGAUUUUCUCAGGGGUGGAGAUGUAUUUACUCGCUUAUCCAAAGAGGUUAUGUUUACAGAGGAGGAUGUGAAAUUCUACCUUGCAGAGCUGGCCCUUGCAUUGGAUCACCUUCACAACCUAGGCAUUGUUUACAGAGACCUGAAGCCUGAAAACAUUUUGCUUGAUGAAGCUGGACAUAUCAAGUUAACAGACUUCGGACUCAGUAAAGAAUCAGUAGACCAGGAUAGGAAAGCUUACUCUUUUUGUGGCACUGUGGAAUAUAUGGCCCCUGAGGUGGUCAACAGGAGAGGACACACUCAGAGUGCUGACUGGUGGUCUCUCGGUGUUCUAAUGUUUGAAAUGCUGACAGGAACACUACCGUUUCAAGGAAAAGACCGUAAUGAGACAAUGAAUAUGAUUCUCAAAGCCAAGUUGGGAAUGCCACAGUUUUUAAGCUUGGAAGCACAGAGUCUUUUACGAAUGCUCUUCAAAAGAAACCCAGCAAAUCGUUUAGGAGCGGGUCCAGAUGGGGUAGAGGAGAUCAAACGGCAUGCCUUCUUCUCCACCAUAGACUGGAAUAAAUUGUACCGACGAGAGCUCCAGCCUCCAUUCAAACCAGCGGCAGGAAAACCAGACGACACGUUCUGCUUUGACCCCGAGUUCACGGCCAAAACCCCAAAGGACUCUCCAGGCAUUCCUCCGAGUGCAAACGCCCACCAGCUCUUCAAAGGCUUCAGCUUUGUAGCACCAGCCUCCCUGGAGGAGAGCAAGAGCUCCCCUCUGGUCAACAUCCUCCCCAUUGUGCAGAUGCCCAGCAGCGCCACCCAGUUCUCUGAUGUGUACGAGCUGAAGGAGGACAUUGGCGUGGGCUCCUACUCCAUAUGCAAGCGCUGCAUCCACCGGGUCACCACUAUGGAGUUUGCGGUCAAGAUUAUUGACAAAAGCAAACGAGACCCGUCAGAGGAGAUCGAGAUCCUCAUGCGGUAUGGACAGCACCCGAACAUCAUCACACUGAAAGACGUGUAUGAUGAGGGGCGGUUUGUGUAUCUGGUGACGGAGCUGAUGAAAGGAGGCGAACUUCUGGACAGGAUCCUUCGGCAGAAGUUCUUCUCAGAGCGGGAGGCCAGCGCUGUGCUCUACACCAUCACUAAAACUGUGGACUACCUGCACUGCCAAGGGGUUGUCCACAGAGACCUGAAGCCCAGCAACAUCCUCUACAUGGAUGACUCGGGCAACCCCGACUCCAUCCGAAUCUGUGACUUCGGCUUCGCCAAGCAGCUGAGGGGCGACAACGGUCUACUGCUCACACCGUGCUACACCGCCAACUUUGUAGCACCCGAGGUCUUGAUGCGGCAGGGUUAUGACGCAGCCUGUGACAUCUGGAGUCUGGGGGUUCUUCUCUAUACCAUGUUGGCAGGGUACACCCCCUUUGCUAAUGGCCCCAACGACACCCCUGAGGAGAUUCUGUUGCGUAUUGGCAGUGGCAAAUUCUCCCUCAGUGGAGGCAACUGGGACACAGUGUCUGAAUCCUCCAAGGACCUUUUGUCUCACAUGCUCCACGUGGACCCUCAUCAGCGUUACUCCGCCGAGCAGGUGCUGAAGCACUCGUGGAUCGCCUGCCGGGACCAGCUCCCCCACUUCCAGCUCACCCGGCAUGACGCACCCCACCUGGUGAAGGGGGCGAUGGCCGCCACGUACUCUGCCCUCAAUCACAAGACGUGCCAGCCAGUGUUGGAGCCCGUGGCUGCAUCCAGCUUGGCCCAACGCAGAAGUAUGAAGAAGCUCACGUCUGCCGACAUGGCCUGAACAGAACAGUGUUCACUGUGCACCCCCCUCCCAUGCCUCCCCUUCCUCCUUUCAUUUAUUUAUUUACAUUUCCUCCUGUUCCCAUCCUCUCCACCGUUGAGCAUUUCCCCGGAGCUCCCACACCCUGUAUCUGGACUACAGACACCAUGCUCUAACAUCAGAGAGGCGCUGUGGUGAGUCAGGAAGUUCAGACCUCAUGGAAUACUGGAUGAAAUUCAAAAUCCGAGCCAGUGCAGGGGCUGCAAUGAUCAAUCUGUUUCUUUCCGCUGUAUCUUUCUUUUCUGUGUUCAAUCUUCCUGCAACUCAUUAUUUUCACCUUUUCUUUUCCCCUUUCCUGCCAAGUAAAAGAAAAAAAAUAAGAUGGAAAAAAAAGCACCAGCGCCUAUUCUUUUUCACUGUGACUGGCCGAUCUGAAGCUGCUUUAAGUAGACUGCGUUCCACCUUCUUUCCCCCAGCUUGGUACGCAUGUGUCUUGGUACCCCACCCCCCCUCUGGCCCCUCCCUGCAUCUCUCAACCUGUGCUUUGGAAAUUCCCUGUCUCCUGAGAGUCGGUCACUUGGGCGAGGACGGAAAAUUCCGGUUCCCAUCCUCUGAGCGAUGGCUUUGGCAUAAGGGGCUGAAGGAUCUCAAGAGCACGUAGAAUAAGGCUCCUUCAAGCUUACCGUGCAUCACGUGUAAUUACAGCACUGAAGAGAUCGCCAAACACACCCAGCAGUUCUCGGAACACCGGAACAACCGUUCUUGUGUUGAAUAUAUUUAAGCACAUUUGCACUGAGGCUUGUCAGGUUGCUUUGGCUCUCUUGUUUUCACCCCUUUACUUGAAUAACCCCCACCUCCUUUCUUUGUCCUACCACCUUUUGAAUGGCCCUUAUAUUUGUUGAAUGGAAAAAAAAUAAGCUAAAGGUGGAAAAACAAACAAAAAAGUCAAAGGUCAUUGAAUAAUGAAUGUGGACUGGAGUUCUUACUGUUACGGCACUCUUUGAAUCCAGUGUUUUUGCAGAGAACUGGACUGUGAGCCAAUCAAUGCUCAUGGGCUUGGGGAGCAACUGCUCCUG